AUCAUAUCUUUUAAGACUCGUGAAGAGGGAGGGGGUGAAGAAGCUUGGUGUACGGUGGUUUUGCUUUUAUAUAUACACACACGACUCUGCAUGUUCUUUUAUUUUUAGGAAAUUGGUAUUCCGGGGAAAACAAUUUGAUUGAGAUGGCUGACGACGAUUUUCCUGCUCCUCCGACUAGGUUGAUGAAUUUUGUCUCUGAAGGACAGUUGGAUGAAGCUAAGAGAAGUCGGGGUGCGCGAAUUGAAGAUGGCACUGCCCAGAGAGAUAGGUCGCUCUUCGAGAUCUUAAAGGAGAAUAAGGACAAGAAAGAUACAGAAUUUAAUGAACGAUUCAAGCAUAGACCACCCAAAGCCUUGGAUGACGAUGAGACUGAGUUUCUUGACAAAUUAGAGAUGUCAAGGAAAGAAUAUGAACGUCAAAUGGCGGAUGAUGAAGCCCAACAGCUGCAGAGUUUCCAAGCAGCGGUGGCAGCACAGUCUACCAUAACACAGGAGCUCAAGGAAUUGCCCUCUGAUCCUAAAGUCCAGGAACAAAAAAUUGUGGGGAGAAAGCAUCCACCACCUCGCCCUUUAGGUAUGAUUAUAAAAGUGAAGCCACAGGCGAAGAAAGCAAAGCUUGAUCUGGAAGAUUCAGGAGAAUCUUUGGAUGUGGAGAAAACACCUAAUCUUGAUGCAGUAGAAUUAUUAGGGUUGAAGAAAAAACCCAAUGGUGAUGAGUCUCAUGUUGCAGCUAAUACUGGUCUGGUUUCAUACAGCGAUGAAAGUGAAGAAGAUGACUAGUCUCGUCCUGUGCAUUUUUUGAGAGAAGCUUGUCUUGUUCUAUAGUCUAUUAGUAAUUUGGAUUUAGGUUUCUUGUAUGGAUAAAUCCACCCUCCCACCGAGUGUAGGGCAUACCCUGGCAUUGCCGGAACUGGUAGCCAGCCAGGGUAGGAGGUCGAUCUUGAGGAUAGUGUGAGGGAUUGUAUGUUUUUGAUAUAAUAGUUUCAUUUUAAUUUCAAAAAGUAUUUGAAUCA